AUGUCUACCGUCCCUCAGGGCCCCAUCGAGGCACGAUCACUGUCGUCGGUCACCGCUAUCGCAUCGAAUCCCCCCGCCUACCCACGAAAUCCCACCCACGAGAAGCAGGAACCACUGUCUUUGUACAUUGUGCGUGUACCAGGAAGCAAAGACAUUUUCCUCUCACCCCUCAAACCACCCACCAAAUCCAGUGUCUCUGCCGAGGCGAUCAACGCCUCUCUUUACUAUCUCCAUGUCGCGACUCCCGACGAUGAUACCCUACUCCAGGAAGUGGAGGAAGAGCGUGAAGUGGAAGCCCAAUUGCGGAAGGAGCGUCUCGAGCAAGCGGGCGCCGGUGACCCAGCACAGCGCGAAUUCGCGCGGCUGAACAAUGUGCGCCGGAAACCAGUUGGUGGAGGGGGGGACGUCAACCCCGAGCCUUUGCUGGCACCGCCUCAACAGGAUGCCACUGCUCCUCCGGCCUUACCACCACGUCAAGUCCCUAUGCCGCAGGUUACUGCAGAGAACAUAUCUUUCUCUGGGACUCCGGUCACUAAUAUACAGCCUCCUUUGAGCAAUAAUAUGCCUGGACAGAUCUCGGGAGAACCGGGUGGUAGGAGCGCUGUUCCGCGGCGACCUUUGCCUCCCUUGCCGCCUGGAGAAGAAUCAUGGAGCACUACAGCAGGCGAGGACCCGUCUAAGAGGACAUCACGAUGGACCGCGUUUGCCGAACAUCUACAAAAUCGGGGAGAGAACUGGAGGGAAAAGUAUGAGGCAAAAUACGAGGCGCUGUCGGCUGGCCGUCACAGCCUUGACUCUCCUAGACCGCAAUUCCGGCCUCGUUCCUCGCAUGACCGUACCGGCUCACCAUUAGGAAGCCCUGGACAAUCUCCCAACCGGCAUAGAAACGCACAUGGCAAACCUCCUAGCAAUGCUGGCUUUCAUAUCACGCUCAUCCGACGUGAUCCCACGUCCGGUACACAAUGGAAUGUGGCCACUAUAUCCACCCCGCGAAUGGACCGCAAUGCCGUCGAUAUCGAGAUCUCCACACCGGGAUAUAACAGGUUCGCAGGCUCCAAUGAGAUGCCUUCAUUAUCCAGCCUGGCAGCUAAUCUCCCGUUGGGAAUCGGACGUCUACCCAAUUCUGCCAUUCCCCAAUCCUUACCCACCGAGCAACCAAAGGAGCAGCCAAGUGGCCCACGCAAAUUCCACCGCCAGCUCUGCGUAUCAAAGCCAUAUGACGACUCCGUUACCACAGAUUGCAGCAACGGCCACACCCCAGACGGCCCGUCGUCAUCCUCCAAGCUGAAAAGCGGCUACUACGUCUUCACUUCUCCUUGGAAUGGUACAUGUACCUUCACAAACAGCGUGAACGGCCGAAACCUCAAAUGCAAACACAUGAUCCCAACACCCGGCGGCUUCGUCCCUCCCAACGGCGAAGCAGAAGCACCCCCCGCCGUAACCGUCGCCGAGCUCCGCUUCAACACCCCCUUCCAAGCAGCGAACCUCCACUCCCACGCUCACCACGCAGCCCACAAACCCCAUCCAAACCACCUCUCCCCCUUCACCCAAAGCCAAAUCCAGUCUCUCUCCCGCCCAAGCGACAACUCAAACGAAAAUAACCCCGGCCCCGACGGAGAACCCCUACGCCCAUCCUCCUCCAGCAAUAGCUACGCAUCCGCAAAGCGCAACUCCCUCUCCAACCUCCUAAACCCAAACACCUACGCCCGGCCACGCGCGCACACAGGCCCAGGCGCACCUCCACCUCUCCCCACCUCACCCCCUGCAGACCCGCGCCAAAACUUCCACCCCUCAACCCUCCUCCGCAGAACGUCUCUGCGCGCGCAACGCUUCACCCGCCAGAGUCAAUUACACCCCGCUGCCCAGUCUCACUCACACCGCAGUACGAGUAACAGUAGUGGCGGAGAUGUGGAUCAUGAUUCCGAUGAGGAUCGCUUGGAUUUUUCGCUUGCGAGGGAGCCUGCUGGUGGUGGGUUAAGAGGGAAGAGUGCGAAACUGGGGAAGUUGGUUAUUGAAGAUGAAGGCAUUAAAAUGCUUGAUUUGGUUGUUGCGGCCUGUAUGGCUGUUUGGUGGAGGGGAUACUAUUAUUGA